AAUUUUUUAUUUUCUUUCCCCUCGUUUAGAGAUAAGGUUUGAAAAGUAGCAAAUAUCUAUUACAACCUGUUCUUGGUAUUUUCUAUUUUCUAUUUUUCCCUCUCUUACGAAUUCUCGACGCGAAUUGUAAAAUAAAAUAAAGCCAAUAAAAAUGCUACUUUCCUUUGCUACUACAGGUGCAAAAACAUCAUGGCGUCCGCUGAGCAUGUUGGCACGCAGCCUCAGGCAGAGGCACUAUACGUCAGGCCGUGUUUUCGAAACAACGACAGCGGAAUUCGAAAAGGAUGUCCUUAAGUCUGAGCAGCCUGUAGUCGUGGACUUUUACGCCGACUGGUGCAAGCCGUGCAAAAUGCUGGCGCCCAUCCUGGCAGCUGCGGUUGAGGAGAGCGGCAAAGUCAAGCUGGCCAAGAUCAACAUCGACGAGAACUUGGAUUUGGCGCGCGACUACAGCAUCGCCUCGCUGCCGACUGUCAUGGCAUUCCACAAGGGAGAGCCCGUGUCAGCCUUCAUUGGCAUGCAGACGCCAGCAGUGAUCAAGAAGUUUGUAGAAGAGCUGGAGAAGGAAAAGUAAAGGUUGUUUUUGAUUUAUAAAUAAAAUGAGA